AUGUGGGCCUCGCCGCUGCUGCUGCUGCUGCCUCCGUGCCUGGCCGUGCUGCUGCUGGGGCUGCUGGCACAGCGCCUGCUGGGUUCUGCUGGGAAUCCCUUUGCACACCCAGCCCCCCGAUCCCCCCGGCCCUUGGUAACGGACCAGCACGCCCGUAACAGAGUGCUGAGGAGGGGGUUCAGUGCUGCACGCGUGCCGCAGGAUUUGGAUGCUGUUGUCAUCGGCAGUGGCAUUGGGGGGCUGGCAGCUGCGUGCAUCCUGGCCAAGGUGGGCAAACGUGUGCUGGUGUUGGAGCAGCACGACCAGGCUGGGGGCUGCUGCCACACCUUCCAGGAGCGGGGCAAUGAGUUUGACGUGGGCAUCCACUACGUGGGGCAGAUGCACGAGGGCAGCAUGCUGCGUGUGCUGCUGGACCAGCUGACAGACGGGCAGCUGUGCUGGCAGCGCCUGCCUGACCCCUAUGAUGAGGUGACCCUGGGCCCGCGCUGCUAUCAGCUCCGUGCUGGCAAAGCUGCCUUUGUUGCUGCGUUGGAGGAGCAGUUCCCUGAGGAGAAGGCGGCGAUCCGGGAGUUCAUGAGGCUGUCCAAGCUGGCCUCCAGGCACGUGGCGCUGCUGGCGCUGCUGAAGAUGGUGCCGCGCUGGCUGGCGGCCAUGUUGGUGCGCAGCGGCCUGCUGCACUGCCUGUCGCCCGUCUUCCGCAUGGCGGCCACCAGCCACAGCGAGGCGGUGGCCCGGCUGACGGACAACCAGGACCUGCGUGCCCUGCUCAGCUACCUCUUCUAUGGCACGGCACCCCGGGAUUCCAGCUUCCUGGUGAACGUGCUGAUGGUUCACCACUACCAGCGCGGCGCCUGGUACCCGCGGGGGGGGGGCAGCGAGGUCGCCUUCCACACCGUGCCCCUCAUCGAGCGCGCAGGGGGGGCCGUGCUGGUGAGGGCUGCUGUCACACGCAUCCUCGUCUCUGGUGGCACCGCUGUGGGGGUGGCCGUGCAGAAGGGCGGUGAGGAGGAGGAGGUGGAGAUCCGGGCGCGCGUUGUCAUCUCUGAUGCUGGGACCUUCAACACCUUCAGCAGGCUGCUGCCCUCCCCACUGCGCGCCCACCCCGCCAUCCGCUCCCGCCUGGCCAUGGUGCAGCACGGGAUGGGCUCCUUCCUGGUGUUUGUGGGGCUGCGGGGCAGCGCGGCCGAGCUGGACCUGCCAGCCACCAACUUCUGGAUCUACCCUCACAACGACCUGGACACCAUGAUGAGCAAAUACGCUGCCCUGAGCCGCGAGGACGUCCCUGAGAACCUGGCCAUGAUGUUCAUCACCUUCCCUGCCGCCAAGGACCCCACCUACGAGGAGCGGCACCCAGGCCGCUCAUGCAUGACCAUCCUGACCAUGGCGCGCUACGAAUGGUUCGAGGGCUGGGCAGGGACUCUUCCCAGGCGCCGUGGGGACGAUUACCUGCGCUACAAGACCGACAUCGCCCAGCGCCUGCUGCAGCGCGCGCUGCUGCGCUUCCCCCACCUCCGCGACAAGGUGGACUUCGUGGAGGCGGCGUCGCCGCUCAGCAAUGCGCAUUACCUGGCGGCGCCGCGCGGGGAGAUGUACGGCGCUGAGCACGACCUGCGGCGCUUCAGCCCCGAGGUGGUGGCAGCCAUGAGGGCGGACACCCCUGUCAGGAACCUCUACCUCACGGGGCAGGACGUGUUCAGCUGUGGGCUGGCAGGGGCCGUUCAUGGGGCGCUGCUUUGUGCCUCAGCCGUGCUGGGCCGUGUGCUGUAUGUGGAUCUGCUGAGGCUCAAGAGGAGGGAGAAGGCAGCAAUGCGUGGUGCGAGAGCGGGGAGCACAGCACCGUGA